UAACAGCAUUGAUCUCCAAUCCCUGGUCUGAUCACAACCUCUGAUAAAAAUCCAACAUUUGGACUGAAGGACAACAAGACAACGGCUCCACAUUGAUGUCAUUUUUUACUUUGUCUAGUUUAUUUUCCUUCAACUCAAAACUAAAAGCUUCAAUGUUGUAGUUUAGUCCAGAUAAUGUCUGGUGUUACAUCUUCUUCUCUCUGCUGGCUUCUGCUGUGUGUCAACCUCCUGGUUUCUGCAGAUCAGAUCCACAUUCAAGCAGAACCUGGACAGACCGUCAUUCUGCCGUGUAGAGCUCCUGACAGCAACAGCCCCGUCACAGCUGUAGAGUGGAGCAGACCUGAUCUAGAACCAGAGCAUGUUCUACUUUACAAUGAGGACUACUCCUAUCCAGAAAACCAACAUCCAUCCUUUAAGAACCGUGUGGACCUCCAGGAUAGAAGGAUGAAGGAUGGAGACGCAUCUUUGAUUCUUAAGGACGUCCGGACUGAAGACAGUGGGACAUACGAGUGCAGCGUGAUCCAGAGAGGAGACCAAAAAACCUGGAAGAGGGACGCCUUCAAUACGGAGCCCAUCAGAACCAUUAACCUGAGUGUUGGAUCAGCUGCAGAUGAAGGAACGAGGAGAGAAGAAGGAACCAACAAUGGAGGAAACCAGAGCGGAUCAGUUGAUCAGAGGAACAUCUCAGCCACACCUGGACAUCAGAGGGUUCUGACAUGCAGAGAUCCACAGACGGGGAACAUUGUAGCUGUGGAGUGGAAAAGAAAAGAUUUGUCAGGUUAUGUUCUCCGCUACAGAGACGAGCACUAUGAUGAUGAAAACCAGAAUCCAUCAUAUCAGAACCGAGUGCAUCUGCAGGACAGAUUGAUGAGAAAUAGAGACGUGUCUUUGGUUCUGGAGAAAGUGAAUUUUAGUGACAGAGGAACAUAUGAGUGUCACUCUCAGGUCGCUGGAAGCAUUGAGAGGAAACAGAUCUGCAGCAUCACCCUGAAUGUUUCUGCUAGAGGCGGUUCUGAUGGACAGCAGAGGAACGGAUACACAGCCGCUAUGGUUCUGUUGGGCUCAUUGUUGGUCUCUACUGGUCAUUUUUAACAAACAGCCUUUCUGCCACAGAUCAGCAGCUGAUCUCUGGAGUUCAGGAACAUCUUGGUGUUUGAAUCAACUUCAACAGUUUGGAAUGAUUCAAGGAGAAAACAGAGAGAAAUAUCCAGAAAGGACACAUUGCUGUUCAGGCAUUAAAGCAGCAGGGCUGUGUA